GGCGGGUAGUUGCCAUGGCAACAGCUGGGCGCGCAGUUGGGCAGAGGGAAUAUGGCGGUGACGGGCUGGUUGGAGAGUCUGCGGACGGCCGAAAAGACGGCACUACUGCAGGACGGAAGAAGGAAGGUGCACUAUUUGUUCCCAGAUGGGAAGGAAAUGGCCGAAGAAUAUGAUGAGAAGACGGGUGAACUACUUGUGAGAAAGUGGCGUGUGAAAAGUGCCUUAGGAGCCUUGAGCCAGUGGCAGACUGAGGUGGGAGAGCCAACAUUCCCAGGAGGAGGGAGCCUGGGGCUUGAACUCAUCCAGGAGAGCAGUGCCAAUCCCAUCUUCAUGCGCAAGGACACCAAGAUGAGUUUCCAAUGGCGGAUUCGAAACCUCCCGUACCCUAAGGAUGUUUACAGUGUCUGUGUGGACCAGAAGGAACGCUGCAUCACUGUCAGAACAACCAACAAAAAGUACUACAAGAAGUUCUCCAUUCCUGACUUAGACAGAUACCAGCUACCUCUGGAUGACUCAUUGCUGAGCUUUGCUCACGCCAACUGCACCUUGAUCAUCUCGUACCAGAAGCCAAAGGAGGUCCUGGUGGCUGAGUCAGAGCUGCAGAAGGAGCUGAAGAAGGUAAAGACAGCCCACAGCAGUGAUGGGGACUGCAAGACCCAGUAGUGGACCCCUGAGCCUGCACUUCCAGUGUGAAGGGUGGGUGAGGCUUUUCCUUCAGCCUGUGAGACUUUGAAGCAUGGGCCUUUCUGGCACAGGGCAGCCUCUUCUCUCCCAGCAGCUAUCCAGACUCUGUAAGAACUGGGUUUCGGGACAUUCCUAGUCCCCCCAUCUCACCUUGGUCUUACUUCCUGAGUAAAGUCAUUCUGAGUCACUGUGGGUGGCUUGCCCUCUUA